UACUUCUACGAGUUCCAGAUUCAGAAGCCUUGUUCCGGCUGGACGGUGUCAUGGGUGAAUAACAGCGACUGCUGUUCUUGGGAUGGUAUCGCAUGUGAUGCCACUUUUGGGGAUGUGAUUGAGCUGAACCUUGGUGGCAACUGCAUCCAUGGCGAGCUCAAUUCCAAAAACACUAUUUUGAAGCUUCAAAGUCUUCCUUUUUUACAAGCUCUCGACCUUUCAGACAAUUAUUUCAGUGGUAACAUUCCAUCUUCGCUUGGAAAUCUUUCUAAGCUAACCUUUCUUGAUCUUUCAAAAAAUGCUUUUAAUGGUGAAAUCCCAUCUUCACUUGGAAACCUUUCUAACCUCACCAUUCUCGAUCUCUCCCAGAACAAACUUAUUGGUAAAAUCCCAUCUUCUUUUGGCAGAUUGAAACAUCUCACCGGCUUAUAUGCUGCAGACAACGAGCUUAGUGGUAACUUUCCUGUUACGACGCUACUAAAUCUAACAAAAUUGUUAUCUUUAUCACUCUAUGACAACCAGUUCACAGGCAUGCUUCCACCUAACAUAAGCUCACUCUCCAACUUGGUGGCCUUUUACAUAGGUGGUAACGCUUUAACUGGAACUCUUCCUUCUUCCCUCUUUAGCAUCCCUUCUUUGCUUUACGUUACUUUGGAAGGUAACCAACUAAACGGUACACUUGAUUUUGGGAACGUAUCUUCAUCAUCAAAGCUAAUGCAACUACUACUCGGGAAUAACAACUUCGUGGGAUCGAUUCCCAGAUCCAUCUCCAAAUUAGUCAACCUUGAUACACUUGACCUUUCGCAUCUCAACACCCAAGGCUUAGCACUUGACCUUAGCAUUCUCUGGAAUCUCAAGUCACUCGUAGAACUCGACAUCUCCGACUUGAACACCACCACUACGUUUGACUUGAAUGCUAUCUUAUCAUCUUUCAAGUCACUAAAAUCUCUGAAUCUCUCGGGAAACCACGUUACGUAUGAAAAGCGAAGUUCAGUUCCAGAUCCUCCGUUAUUAAGCGAUCUGUACUUGUCAGGAUGCGGAAUCACCACCGAGUUUCCAGGGUUCAUACGAACUCAACACAACAUGUGGAGACUAGACAUUUCCAACAACAAAAUCAAAGGUCAAGUCCCUGGAUGGUUAUGGGAGCUAUCAACUCUUCAAUAUCUGGAUCUUUCCAACAACACUUUCGUCAGUUUCGAGAGUCCGGAAAAACUCCUGCAACCAUCUUCUCUGUUUUACUUUUCCGGCGCCAACAACAAUUUCACGGGCGGGAUCCCCAGUUUCAUAUGUGAGUUGCACUCUCUAAUCAUUCUCGAUUUAUCUAGCAACAGAUUCAACGGUUCAUUCCCACGUUGUGUCGGAAAGUUCAGUAGUAGUGUCCUUGAAGCUCUAAAUCUUAGAGACAACUGUCUAAGCGGACGUCUUCCAAAGAUUAUAUCAAGAGGUCUAAAGUCUUUGGACAUCGGUCAUAACAAACUGGUUGGAAAGCUUCCGAGAUCUUUGAUCGCUAACUCUUUUCUUGAAGUUUUGAAUGUGGAAAGCAACAGAUUCAACGACACGUUUCCAUCCUGGUUGAGUUCUCUCCCCGAGCUACAAGUUCUUGUCCUUCGCUCCAAUGCAUUCCAUGGACCAGUACAUCAAACUCGGUUUUCUAAACUGCGGAUCAUCGAUAUAUCGCAUAAUCGGUUCAACGGAACGUUGCCAUCGGACUUCUUUGUGAAUUGGACAGCAAUGCACUCUAUUGGAGAUCAAUCUAACGGAAACUAUAUGAGUACAGCCUAUUAUUUUGAUUCGAUGGUUUUGAUGAACAAAGGUGUAGAGAUGGAGCUGGUACGUAUCUUAUAUAUCUACACAGCGCUAGACUUUUCGGAGAACGAAUUUGAAGGAGUGAUUCCAUCUUCCAUCGGUUUGUUGAAAGAGCUCCUUGUGCUCAACUUAUCAGGCAAUGCUUUCACCGGCCACAUCCCGUCGUCUGUGGGGAACCUCUCGUCUCUCGAGUCACUGGACCUUUCCAGAAACAAGCUUACGGGAGAAAUUCCACAAGAGCUAGGGAACCUCUCCUACCUUGCUUACAUGAACUUCUCUCAUAACCAGCUUGUGGGACUAGUGCCAGGGGGCACUCAAUUUCGAACGCAGCCAUGCAGUUCUUUCAAGGACAACCCGGGACUUUAUGGCCCUUCACUUAAUCAAGCUUGUGUAGAUAUUCACGGGAAAACAUCACAACCGUCUGAAUUGUCGAAGGAAGAAGAAGAAGAUGGCCAAGAGGAGGUGAUAAGUUGGAUAGCAGCUGCAAUUGGUUUCAUACCUGGUAUUGCAUUUGGAUUCACGAUGGGAUACAUAGUGGUUUCCUACAAACCAGAGUGGUUUAUCAACCGUUUUGGCCGAACCAAACGCAGAAGAAUAAGCCCCACACGUCGUUAAAGAGCUUUCUUAAACCUAAGGGAAAAAUCUCAAAGAAGAAAAUCAACCAACCAAACUAGAAGUAGAAGGCCUGCAAAGAAAGAAGGUUGGAUUAAAAUAAUUUCAGAUGAUUCCAAAUAUUUUUUGUUUUCGCAUCAGACAGAUUAUCACAUUAUAAGUUUUAGUUGUUGUUUGAUCUUUUGUAUUGUGCGUAUCUGAUUCACUAUGCUCUGUAUCUCUAUAUCUGAAGAACCAUGUUUCAGUAAAACAAAAGUAGCUGAGUUUACAGUCACACAUGUCUUUU